GGUCGCCGUUACAAAUUCUUCCAGAAGCAAAACCCAUACCACCGGUAUAAGCUGGUUCCGACCACGUUGGAGUUGAUGCUCCCUUUACCUCUUCCUCCGCCGCGAUCUCGCUCGCUCCGGUGAACCCCGGAGCUGCGAAAAUUAGGGUUCCGGCGCCUCCGUCUCCGCCAUGUUCUCCAUCGCCGCAAUCAACGACACCGACUCCGGUGCCCAAUGGGAGCCCCUCGCGCCCACCAAAGAAGCCCAGGAAUUUCAUCUUUCUCAAAAGUACCAUGAGGGACUUCUCAAGUUGCAAGCUAAAGAUUAUGCAAAAGCUUGCGAACUGUUAGAAGCUGUUUUAAAGGACCCUCUUGUAUCAAGUGCUCAGGUUGAUAAAAUUGGCAAUAGUCAACAUCUACUACAAUUAAGGUUUCUGUCCUUGAAGAACCUUGCUACUGCUUUCCUUGAGCAAGGUUCUACAUAUUAUGAGAGUGCUCUACAGUGCUACCUUCAAGCUGUAGAGCUUGAUGCUAAUGACUCAGUUAUUUGGAAUCAGCUGGGAACACUGUCUUGCGCCAUGGGCUUACUUAGCACCUCAAGAUGGGCAUUUGAGCAAGGGCUUUUAUGCAGCCCUAAAAACUGGAACUGUAUGGAGAAGCUCUUGGAAGUACUUAUUGCUAUUAGAGAUGAGGUUGCAUGCCUUUCAGUUGCAAAUCUAAUACUGAGGCAUUGGCCAUCACAUUCUCGUGCGUCACAUGUCAGAAAAACCAUUGAAGAUGCUGAGCCAGUUCCAUUUGCACCUCGCGGAAUAGACAAACUCGAGCCAAAGCAUGUCAAGCUGAAAUUUCCGAACAAAAGAAAACUGGAGGAUAAUGAUGUGGAAGAUAAUAAAAACAUGGUGAAGAGGAAAAGCCAAUAUAUCAGAUUACAGUUAACUGGAGCUACAUGGUCUGCCCUUCUUGAUGCAAUUUUGAGUCUCUUUAUUAAUGAGCCGACAAAUGGUGAUACUGGUGCUGGUAAAAGUAGCUUAGGAAUUGAUAAGAAUGCCGAAGGCUUAACAUCCACGAAGAUAGAUAUUCAAUUUCCUAUAAAUACAAAUAUGAUCGCGGAAAAUGGAAAAGAGAAAACACAUACUGAAGCUCCUGUUGGUGAAAGCACAUAUACUGAUUCUUAUACAAUGAUGAAAGAGAAAAAUAUCAGCAUAGACAAAGAACAUCCUCAUGAAAGGCGUAGCACUCGUCUUGAAAGGCUUCGAAGCCGCAAAUCAGGGAAAGAUGAAUUGGAAACUACCAGCAAGGAUAUGGCUAAAGUUGUCUUUCAGUUUCUGGAAUCCUUCAUACUUGGUAAGCCAAGCGUGAAAGAUAAUGAUAGUUCUGGAAAUUCAUAUGGUUCUUGUCCUGAUAUUCUCUCAUAUACAUCAGAUGUGGAAUAUAAUGAUGUUACUCAAUUUAUCUCGAAGGUUUCGAAGAACUAUUGUGCUCAUCAUGUAGGACAUUUGUUGCUGGAAGAGGUUGCUUUUAUAGAUGUUCCCUUUCAAGACUAUUUCAUUAAGUUCCUUGAAUUAGAGAAAUUUACUAGAAACUGCGGUCUGGAUCGGUCUCCUUUGUGUUGUUUAUUUCUUGCUGAAAUAUGUUAUGACCAAGGAUCAUGUUCUUCUAAGAAAUCAAGAUGCUCAGAAUUCUACUCUGAUGCGUCUUAUCAUCUUUGCAAAGUUAUUGAGCUAGCGGCUUUGGAUUCACCUUUGGACUUAGUUGCUAGUCAGAAACAUUUCUCACCGACAGAAAAUAUGGAAGUAACCAAAGGUCCUAAAAGUUCUACUGAGACAUCUGUCUCGGGCUCUGUUACAACUGAUAAUAGUGCAUUUUGGGUUCGUUUCUUCUGGCUAAGUGGAUGCCUUUCCCUUUCUUCAGGUUGUGAAGAAAAAGCUCAUAAAGAGUUCAGUAUUGCCUUAUCGCUCCUUAGAACUAAUGAGGAGCCUAAGGAGAGUUCAGAUUUCAUCUUUCUUCCUCAUUGCAAGAUCAUCAGAUUUCUAGCAGUUGAUAGAAUUCUGCAUGAAAUUAACUUAAUAAAACUCAAUAAUUUACUGAGAAUAAAUGAUGAGACAAUUAAGAGAGGACCACAUAUAGAGUGCAUAAAAUUUCUCUCACCGCUUCUACUUUCUACCAAAGAUGUCCAUCUUGAUUUUACAGCUAGCAACUCGGAGGAAAGUGAAAGGGCUGUCUCACUUGAAUUAUCUGCUUUGGAUGCCCUAAUUUCAGCUUGUGAAAAAGUGGAACCAAUAAACAUUAAGGUAUAUCUGGACUGCCUCUGGCGGAAACUGCAAAUAUUAACUGUUGCAGCUGGUAUGGCUGGUUCUUCUGCAUCACAGAAGCACGGAAAUUUAUUCCCAAGAAAUGAUUUUGCAUCUGAUUUGGAUGUUGGAGAACAUGUGAACAAGAAUUGGAUACACAUGGUUGUUGGGGCUGUUAAGGAUAUUUCUCGAAGCACUAGUUUAGUGAGGAACUUUAUUUAUCCGAGUAAUAAUUCCGUAAGUUAAUCUUCUUUUUUUUUU